GCAGCUCUCACUUCGCAACACAACCAUUGCCUUCUCCCGAACAUUUUUCUGCGCUCGCUCUCGCUUCCUCACAGGACCAUCGUUAAGAAAAAUAAUUCUUCCUCAAUCUUCCCAACGAACACCUAUACCUUACCUUUCCUCACUUCUUGACUUUUUUCUAUACAACAUGGGCGAAUCAAGGCAAGAACUUCUCAACUGGUUAAACGGCCUCCUGCAGCUUAACAUUACACGUAUAGAGCAAUGUGGAACCGGUGCCGCGCUAUGCCAGGUUUUUGACUCUAUUUUUGGCGAUGUUCCCAUGCAGAAAGUCAAGUUCAACGUCAAUACCGAAUACGCCUAUCUUCAGAACUUUAAAAUUCUUACCUCCGUCUUUUCUUCAAAAGGAAUUGAUAGACCUAUUCCCGUCGAGCGUCUAGUCAAAUGCAAGUUCCAGGACAAUCUUGAGUUUCUGCAAUGGACGAAGAAGUAUUGGGAUCAGUACUAUCCUGGCGGCGAUUACGAUGCGCUCUCCCGCAGAAAAGGUGCGGGCUCGGUCGGCGGCAAUCAUCCUCCCGCCGCCCGCGCCAAUACCUCUUCUGCCGCAGCGAAACGUGGAACUACCCCGACGGUUGGCGGUGCCCGAACCAGAACUCCCCUCGGUGGUGCUAGCACUGCCGCGCUCCAGCAGGAAAAUAGCAUGUUGAAGGAGAAUGUUACCGGGCUCGAGCGCGAGAGGGACUUCUACUUUAGCAAGUUGAGGGAUAUUGAAUUGUUAAUUCAGCAGGCUGUCGAGCAGGAUCCCAAGAUUGAAGAGGAUGAGGACGGCCUGGUCAAGCAUAUCCAGGCGAUCUUGUACUCCACAGAGGAUGGAUUCGAAAUACCGGCUGAGGAGGGCGACGACCUGGAGACAUUCUAGAUGGGAUGUUUACAAUGUGGGCUUGGGCUUAAGCGAUGGCUGAGGGGGGAUAAAAAAAGAUCCACGGCAGGCUUACCAUUGCGUGGAGUAACAUCGUUUUCAACGGAUACAUUCUUACUUUCACUUUUCUUUUUCUUCCCUUUUCCUAGUGAUUCCUUUCUCCGACUAUUCUAUUCCUUGACUCUUACUUUCGCCGCCCAGGGGUUUCAAUUAGUAAAAUUGUAUUUUCUCACAGAUUCGCUUCGAACUAAGGUGAUUUCGUUCUUU